AUGAGUUCGUGUCGGAUCGAAAGAAAGCGAGCUCAUGACCGCGAGGCUCAACGGGCCAGCCGAGCGAAGACCAAAGCCAAGAUCGAGCACCUCGAGAAGACCGUCAAGGAUUUGACCGAGGCGAGCGGCAACAAUCGAACCAACUAUCUCGCUCAGCAUGCCUCCGAACAGGCGCAGGAGAUCGAUACGCUGCAGAAUCUGGUGACCAAGAUCCGUACUCUGAUCAACGACGCAACGAAACCCGAGGCAGGCCAGCCCGCCAUUACCGCAGCGCCCAAGUCCGAAGACGACUCGCCGGAAUCUGCGACCGACUUUACAAACAGCGCGCACACGAACAAAGCCCGGUCCAACAGCAGCAGUUCCGCAUCACCGAGCGAGGACCAGUGGGAUCCGCCUGAAGCCAGCAAAACGAACGAACGAGAAUUGAAGCCUAUAGCAAGAGCAGCGUCCUCUACAAGGAAUUUGAUGGUGUUGGGAGUGAAUAUGCUAUGUGAGAAUACCGACGACAACAGCUACUCAACUCGCCUGAAUCAAGCUCUUGAAAGGGUAGAGCAGACACCGGACAACCUCUCGAAUGAGGAUGAGGAUCAGGACAUCCUCGUCCGCGCCAUGGUUUUUGGCUGGGAUGCGGCCGAGCGUGUUCACCACUUCGACAUCGGCUGGAGAUUCCUUCGCGCCCUGGACGAAGGACUUUGGUGGCGCGCUGGUGCUUGUGAACGAUUUGCAAAUACCUGGCAGAUGAGGAAUACACUGUAA